AUGUCUCAGCAUGACGCAUCGCAUGAUGUUACGCAGAAGGAGGUUGACGGAUAUUUGGUGCGACCUCUGCCGAUGCCAACAUUGGCACGCAAGAUUGGCCGGACCGCUCUAUCAGUGAUUGGCGGCGAGCUCCCCGUCACUGUGCAGGAACUUGCCAAACGGGCCUACCUAUACACGCUGGAUCCGCUGCGAAAUCCUGUGAAGGAGGUUUACGAUGCUUCAAGCUCCGUCUCGGAGAUGCCACCCAUGCUCGGCAUAUUCAACGAUAUUCCCACCCAUAAGAUGCGCGAAGAUGAGGUCGCAGCCUGGGCUCGUGCCGGGUUUUCGUUCAUUGUAUCAGAUGCAGAGCAUCGGCAGAUAUCCGGUUGGCAGGGUCGAGAGGAGAAUGCGAUGAUCGCAAGAGCUGGCAUGCUCCCUGUGCAGAGACUUCACAGGGAGGCAGUGUCUCAGCAUGGUGAUGCGCUGCAGCUGGGGGCGCGUGCUACCAUGAGGCCUUAUGCUACAAAGCUCGUUGAAGCAGAGCAGUAUUUCGACAGCAUCACCUUUCCUCCUGGCCGGCCGGGUACAGCCAGCAAGGACUCAAGGGGCGGAUACCCGACCAGACUUGGCGAUCGUACGCUUUGCUUUACUCCUGACAGUCUCCGAGCCUCGGAAAGCGAAACACAGGGAUGGCUGCAAUUCGAGACAAGCGAGUACAUCCUCAAUGCCGAGAUUCGUGACUCUGUUCUUGACCUGAUGUGUCGGCAAGGUCCAGGAAGAGCCGUUGGCUUCGUUGGACCCUUCGAUGCCGUCAUGCGUGACGGCAUUCAUCCGAGUAUGUCGUCUGGCAUGAAUCAGCUCUUUCAAGAGGCAGCCAAGCGAGGUGUCGUGAUGGGACGAGUGUGCGGGUCUGGUGUUAUCUCGGAUCCAAGCGACAUCGAGGAUGCCAUUGUAGAGGCCAUUCAACAGGGGAGCCGGCUUAUUUCAGUACAUCGCUUCACCUCCGACCUGCCCUUCUUUGGAGCACGUGCAGUGGCCGAACCAUUCUGGCGUGAAGAGAAGUCAUCUCCACAUCUUUUGGUGGGGGGCCUCCGGAAGGGGGCUCUUCGCACAAUGGUGGAUCUCGUGAAGCUAUCACUGUCAAGGACAGCAUCCAGCAGCGCUACCUGGUAUCUGUCUGAGUUCACUGACAUUGUCUUGGUCACCGACAAAUGGACUUUGCCCUUGCUCGAAAGGGUCUGCCACAUUGAUGAUUUGCUGAAAGAGCGGAUAGCCCUCGUCGAGUCCUUGGAUGCGCCACGCGAGGCCCUGCCUUUGGAUGCAGUGUACUUCUUGGCGCCCAGCUUGGAGAACAUGGACCGCUUGGUGGAGGAGCUUUCCACCAAAUCUGCGAAGUAUCGAAGCUCCCAUAUCUUCUUUUCCCAUCGCCUCGAGGAUCUAAUGCUGCAAAGAUUGGCAGAGUCCCUCGAGGCAGUUUCCAGGAUUUCCACAUUUUCGGAGCUCAACCUCAGCAUGCUGGCCUACGAUGACCACUCGUUUCACAUGCAGGACCAUGGUGACAGCUUGAAGGGCCUGCUAGGCAUCUCUUCGCAAGAGGCUUUCGACUGGAAGAGAGCCGGAUGUUGUCUGGCCACGCUCUUCGCGACGCUGGGGCAGGAGCCGAGGGUGCUCUGUGCAACGCCCGGCGGAAGCGAGGGCCACUGUGAGCGUCUUGCACGAGAGGUUUGCAUCAGGCUGGAGGAAAUGGAAGCUAGGGGGGGUGCACCCUGGAGGAGCCGUGCAUCCUCGGAGACCUGUUCCCUUCUGAUCGUGGAUCGUUCUGUGGACUGGGUGCCAUUGCUCAUACACGACUUGGGCUACGAGGCAUUGCUAUUUGACCUACUUGGUGGUCAAGGUGCUUCCUUGGCGGACAGCCGCUUCACCUUCACAGACAGGACCGAUGGCGCUGUGAGGCGUGUCGUUCUGGGGGAGGAGACGGACGAGCUCUGGAACACCUACCGUCACAUGGCCACCUAUGCCGUGAAUGACAAAGUGGUCCAGGAAGUGAAAGACUGGAGCCGGAAGGAGAACAGCAUGAGACUUGCGAGAGUUACAGCCUCUACAUCGAGUGCAAGUUCAUCCUCGACCCAAAAGAUGGUCUCCUCGACCCUCAGCACUGUUCAAUCCCUGCCAGAGCACAAGGACCGGUUCCGUAAGCUGGAAAUCCACAGCGAGAUCUGUGCACGGCUGCAGAACAUCGUCGCUUCAAAGCGGCUGAUCGAACUGGCCACGCUGGAGCAGGACAUGGCAACGGGAGUCUCCAGAAGUGGGGUGCCGUUGAACCCGAAGUCCAUCGAGAGAGACCUGCUGUCAUUUCUUCAGGAUCCAACGCAGGACACCAGCACCAAGCUUCGCCUUCUCAUGCUUUGUGAGGCGACCAAAGUGCUCGAGACAGGUCCGGGACCUGGGCAACGUCUUGGUGUUGCGGAGCUCGCAGCCCCUCGGCUCGCACUGGCCGAGGGGUUUCUCUUCGUGCCGAUCCUCCCUGGCAGGCACCCUUCCUGCCUGCGCAGGACCUGCGCAGGCUUCAGAAGUUCAUCGAGGUUGUACGCCGCUAUCGGAGCAAGCAUGCUGAGCGACGGCGCUGGCCCCGCCAGCGACCCGAAGCUGAGCCGGGUGCAGGUGCCGAGCCAGUGA